AUGGCACACCGGGAGCAUGGACCGCCUGAUCGAUUCUUCGCAAUUCCGCUGCACUCCAAUACAGGCAGCAUGGUACCUUCGGUGGCAUGGUCCAGUACACGUCCAAAGGUGGACGCUAUCAACGAUAUUACAUGUGGCGAUAUGGCACGAUACGAACUUUUCUUAACCUCCCUUGUGCCGAAAUCUUCAGGUCAAAUCUACUCGUUCGGCUUGAACAAUCCCCGCGAUAAGGUUUACUCGACGGGUGAGAGCACUUCGUCGGAGGACGAUUCCUAUUUGGGGUACUCGUCGGCUACCGGCGAUUUCAACGGCGACGGAAGCCUCGGAGUGGCCGUCGGAAUGCCACGAGGUGGUGGCCUUCUCGGUAAGGUACUGAUCUUCUCCUGGAACAUGACCAACCAGCAGAACAUUACCGGAGAACAGAUCGGUGCUUACUUUGGGUAUUCGUUGGCCGUUGUGGAUGUCGAUGGAGACAAAUUGGACGAUCUGAUCGUGGGAGCCCCGAUGCACACGGAACCCAACAAUGAAGGGAAAUACGAGACGGGACGGGUUUACAUCAUCUACCAGGAUAAGGUGAACAAGUUCCAGGAGGUCGAAACACGUGAUGGGGUUAACUCAAAGGCGAGAUUUGGACUAUCGGUGUGCUCGCUUGGUGAUAUAAACUUGGACGGGUUUGGAGAUUUCGCUGUCGGUGCGCCUUACGAUGGACCUAAUGGAAAUGGAGCGGUUUACGUGUACCAUGGAUCGGCGAGAGGUCCGCUGGAGAAACCUUCACAGAUUAUUCUGGCCGAAGAUAUGGCUGGAGUAACGAAGAUUUCAACGUUUGGGUUUUCGGUUGCCGGAGGGAUCGAUCUCGAUGGUAAUCAGUAUCCGGAUAUGGUUGUUGGAGCCUAUGGGUCGGAUAAGGCUCUGGUUUUCAAGUCCCGCCCGGUCGCCGUGAUGGAAGCUAGCACACUCUUCGAGACCGAAAAUAAACUCAUUUCCUUGGAAGAUCGCAACUGUACUCUGAGGGAUCGAAAGCAAGUGCCAUGUACCGUGUUCAAUUCAUGCAUGAAGUACAACGGUAUCAAUGUUCCACCGACCCUGGAUAUUGAGGUUUCGUGGGUACUGGACUCCAAGAAAUCUCGUAACCCUCGUAUGUUCUUCGUCAAUGAAGAAGGACGCAACAUUCGGAAUCAAUCGGUGCGACUGUAUCGAGGAAAACUUGAAUGCAGAAGUGAGAGGGUGUAUAUCGCUGAAAAUAUUCGAGAUAAAAUCACUCCGUUGGAAGUUGAGAUGAAGUAUAAUUUGCGUCAAAGCAGCUACAGUCAACAGCGCAGGAGACGUGCCACCGUUGAACCAGUGUUGGAUCAAAAUCGAGGAACCGUCCAGAAAGAUUCAAUCAACAUUCAGAAGAACUGUGGACCGGAUAAUGUUUGCAUUCCGGACCUGAAGAUGGAAGUCAAAAUGGUUGACGAGUAUCUACUGGGAUCUGGAAAAGGAUUUGCUAUUGAUGUUCUGAUCUCCAAUUUAGGAGAAGACGCUUUCGAAGCAGGAUAUUACAUGACCAUCCCUCCAGAACUGAACUUCCGACGUGUUGAAAGGAUAGGUGAAAUCAAGGACACCACCAUUCUCUGCUCAACUCCACCAGGCGCCACAAACGGAACACUUCGGUGCGAUAUUGGAAAUCCUCUGCCCAGUGGCAAAGUUGUCAACUUCCGAGUCCAUCUACAUCCGUCGAUCAAGGUUGGAAUGGCUCCGAGCUAUGAAUUCUACAUGGAAACUAACUCUACGAACGCUGAAGCAGAAGGUGCUCAUGGGGAUAACAUUUUCCGCAAGAGCGUAGGAAUCACCAUCAAGACUGAUCUUUCGAUUUCUGGUGUUUCACUGCCUGAAGAUUUCCUCUACAACUACACUGAGUACCGAUCGUUUGAGGAAUCAGAAACCGAACACCAUCUCGGACCCCAAGUGGUCCACAUCUACGAAAUUCGUAACGAAGGUCCUUCAGCAAUCGACGAGGCCGAGUUCUACGUACUUUGGCCAUACGAAACCAACGAUGGUGACCCGUUGAUGUACCUCCUGGUUCAACCCGAAACCAGUGGAAACAUCAAAUGUCAGCCAAGCAGCUACGUCAAUCCGAAAGAUAUCGCCGUUGAUAACCCAAGGAAAAGCUACCUCGAAAAAGUGGGCGCCUCAGCAAUCAACCACGAAUCGGCUUCACGAACCGAAUACCGUGCCACUAGCAGCUCUUCCUCCGGAGGUUUCAGUGGAAUCACCCGGGAAACUACUGGCUCUUCUUCUUCCUCUUCGGGAGGCUCAAGUUCCAGUUCGUUCCAAAGCUCCAGUAGCAGUAGUUCAUCGUCGUCGAGAGGGUCUGGUAGCGUGCACAGGACUCAAACUCUAACCGAUACCGAUAAGCAACGUUUGGACGACGAAGAGCACCAGGAAUCUACCGGGGACGCUUCGUACGUCCAUCAACGGAGGGCGCAAUCCGCUGCCGCGGCACAGACUCAAUCGCAGACGCAAUACGCUUCCGGAGGAGGAAAUCGGUACAACGCUGCCGGAGCCGCUGCAGGUGGUCUUGGUACUUCUGGAGGAUCUUCUCGGGAGUACUCUUACUCUAGCAGUUGGAACUCGUCGAGCGUCAACGGUGGACCGGCAGUGACGUACAGUGCCAGCCGCAAUCGAACCGUUUACCAGGGACAGGAUGGACGGGUGCACGUUAGCGAGAGCAGUACCGAGCACUACGGUGGUGGUGGCAUUAAGGCAGUGGCUGCUUUCGCUGGCUUUGGAGCCAACGCGGCCGCUGAUGGUCAGACCGUGCAUAAGGAGGACUUCAGCGAUAUCUAUCGACAGGACGAGAGGAAUCGAGCUGCUUCGACGACGGCGAAUGAAAGCGUGAACAACCGCGUUAUCUCCAACUACUAUCGACAGAGUGAAAGUACCGAUGCAUCUCGAUCAGGCUCAGUAUCGGCAUCUGCUGGUGGCAGUAGCAGUUAUGGAAGUGGAAGCGUCUCCUCCAGCUAUGGAAGAGGAAGUUCAUCAUCUUCCAACUAUGGUAGUGGAAGCUCGUCAUCGAGCUACGACCGAAGUUCAGGCUCAGGAUCUUACGGCCAAGGCCAAGGCGGUAUCUACAAAACGGAAUCAGCUCGCACGGAAGAAGUCAACCAGGACAUUUCCGAUCUGAGCUCACGAACGCAUGCGGCUAUCCAAGGAACCGACAGUAGUAGUUCUACUGGUGGAAGGCGACGUAUGCAUAGUCAGCAGGAUGGUGAACCUUCAAGGGCGGGCUUGAUCACCGGGGUAUCGACGAUUGAACGGAUGGCUCAAGGUCGGGGAGGAUUCCAAACAGCUACCGUAGAUCUGGGCGUACUCAGCCGUCAAAACGUGGACGAGGAGGUUCGUAGAACUGGAGGCAGCAGUCACAUUGCCAGUGGAAGUUCGCAGGCUUCCCGAGGAAGUUCCUCCUAUGGAGAAGGUGGCAGUCAACAUAGUCAGCAUACUUCUCACGGUGGUUCCUCUUAUGGAGAACAGCAAGGUAGCAGUCAACAGAGCCAACAGAAUCGUGGAAGUUCGUCGUCGUCUUCUUCGUCUUCCUCUUGGUCCACGUCAUCUUCCUCAUCCGAUCGAACCCAGCAUUCAGCUGCUACGGCUGGAUCUAGUCAACAUCAGUACGGUGGAAGUCAAGGUAGCAGCUAUUCGCAACACCAUCAAAGUUCUUCUUAUGGAGCGGGGCACAACGACGAUGACGAUGGCGACUACGUUGAUGAAUACGAAGAUGGAGACGAUCACUACGACGAUCAUGAUCAAGGUAGCAGAGGAAGUUAUGGUUCAACAUAUCAACAUCACUCCCGCUCGAACCUGAACCAAGGUCAUGAUAACGUGGAUCAACGGUUCAAGUACUAUCAGCAAUUCGAUCGCCAGAGGCAACGACGACAGGUGAUCGACAUCAAGGACGAGAACGAUCGCAAGUUGGAUGCGGCUCUACAGUGCCAAAGCACCCGGUGUGCCAUUAUCCGUUGUCUGGCGGGACCGAUCGACGACAAACAUGUGGCCUUCAUUGCGCUGCGAUCGCGAUUGGUGGCACACACCCUAAACAAAAUCUCGUCUACAAGGCCCAUUAACUUCUCGACCAUGACGGUAGCUCGGGUAACCCGGCUGCCAUACAUCGGACGGCCCAAGGAAAUUCAUCUGAAGUCGCACGAAAUCCAGGCUCUCGCCAGACCAGAACCGAUUCCCAAGACGGACGAAAUUCCACUGUGGGUGUACAUUUUGGCUGCCAUCAUCGGAACGCUUAUCCUGUUGCUGCUCAUUUGGGCUUUGUCGAAGUGCGGUUUCUUCAAACGGAAUCGGCCGACCGAUACCCAAGAGCGACAGCCGCUGAAUCGGAACGGAAACUACCAUGGCGAUGAGCACCUGUAGAAACAUGUGACCACAGACAUAGAGAGUCUGGAAAAAAAUUAGCAAGCUAUACUUACAGCGACGAGCAAGGGCUGCCCGCUUGAUAUAGGAUUUAAAAAACAGUCCAAAAGUUCUAAGGACAACCAGCCACCAUCAACGUAUCUACGCUUGAAGUUUUGUAUAGCGCGAACUGUGCAACUUUGCAGUUCCAUAGCCAGAGAUUGAGAUUAUCCACAGCCAGAUAACGAAAAAAAAUCUUGGGCCGGACCAUGAGGGAUUUUAAAUAACUUAGUUUCUUUAGUUUGAAUGUUUGAAAAAUAUCUUUUUGGUAGGAAGCCAUUAUUGAAAAUUAAUUUGAUUAAUUUAUUUCCCUAUUUUUUCGUUUGUAUAAUUUCUACGUUUUACUUUAAGAAUAAUUUAUUUGUUUAUUUUAAUAAUAUCGUAUCACUUUGACUGACGAAACGAACGGUGUACAUUGACAAAUUUAGGCUUAUGAAGUAAACGAGAAAGACGAUCAACUUACUCUCCGAAUCUGCCAUUAUUUUUGUACCAUCGAUCGGUUGAUCUUUCUACAUAUUAGUUAAUUUCUCUCCUCGUUCUCGCCUUCAAAUUAAGCGAAAUACGAAAUAAACAUAGAUUUAUGGAAAUAUGCUUAAACUAACUAGUCAAUCCGAUUGAAUAAUCUGUACGAAUCUAAAAUUCAUUUACAAAAAAAAAGCUAAUUUUCUAAUCUCAACCAUAGUGCAAUUCAUGUGACAAAAAAUCCCGCUUUUCGACAGUUGUGUAGCAAGCACCACUGCAAAGUUAUUCAAUAAUAAUGUGUUGAAUAAAGUAAACAGAACGAACGAAGCUCGAUAGAUCUAACUCUAAAUAAUACUGUAGUAGGCUAGUGGUAGCUAAUAUUCUAAAUGUAACAAAUCAAAGAACGCCUUGUAGUUAUUUAUUUGUUAAGAAGGGAAUUCUGAAGAAUAAAAAAGUGCCUUCUUGGAUAGUUUUUAAACAUAUGUAGAUGAUAUAAUAUAAAGAAAUCGAAACGGUUAACGAGAAUUUGGUGCCAUGUAACGAAUGUGAAAUCAUAUAGCAACAAAACUUUGAAAAAAAAAACAUACAAGCUAAGCGAACGUACAUUAAAAUAUAAAGAGAAGUAUUGUAAUGUUGAAUGUGUUUUGUUAAAAUGAUAUAAUCUUUUUUUGAAACAAACUGAAAAUAACAAACGAAAUUGUAAAUUAGAAAAAAUAUUUUACUUAAAUUGAAAUCAAUAAUUUAAUGCUUUAAUCAAUAGAUACUGAAAAAGAUUGAAAAUUUUAACAGUUUCAGAAAAGUAUUAAAAUGUGUUGAAGGCGUUUCAUGUAAAUCUAAACCUUCUAAUCACUUUUUCCAACCGGAUUUCUUUGCUCGUUUGUCCUAAACUUUUGUAGAAAACCCCGUUUUCGUAAUGCUAAAAAAAUACUACCAAACUAGUAAUAAAGCUAUACAAUAACUACUAGCACUAUACAAACAUAGUCUCUAGGACAGUGCCCUCUGCCUUUUAGUUAGAAUAAAUUGGAACAAAGUAACAAAUCAGCAAAAGUUUUCACAUACACUUACCUGUAGGAUUUGAUUGUACAUACUUCUUGAUUUCGUCGUUUUUGUACAAUACUGAAUAGAAAGAAAAACGGUAUCAUAAAGAGAUAUAAAAAACAUACGAAAAAUAAAGUUAUAACACCUGUA